GGAGACUUUCCAGCCGCCAUCCUGGAGGUCCUUACGCCCAGUUCCCUGCAGCCGCCCCAGGAAGAGAUGCAGAAAGACACCUCCCUGCCGCCUCCAUCUGUGCCCUUGACCUCAAACGCUGCCCUGGGUGCAGGCCGGCAACCCAGCACAUCCGGAUUGCCUAGCAAGAGCGAGCCUGGGCGCCGUGCCAGCCCCAAAGCCCCCCGGAAGCCCAGCAUGUCCAAAGUGAUCCUGGGGGUUGUGGCGAACAAGGGGGCCCGUAACCGCGUGUCCCUGGCCACCCUGAAGAAGGCCGUGGCCACCAGGGGCUACGACAUGACCCGCAACGCCUGGCGCUUCAAGCGAGUGCUCAAGGGCCUGGUAGACAAAGGGAUGCUGAAGCAGGUGACAGGCAAGGGGGCCUCAGGCUCCUUCCUCAUGGGCAAGAAGCAAGCCCCCAAGUUCAAGCUCAAGGCCAAAAGUCAGCGGCGGCGGCGACAGCAGCGGAGGCAGCAGCCUGCGCAGCGCCGUCCUGGGCCACGCCGGUUGCUCCUGGGCUCCAAACAGGGGUCCAAGCGGCCCGUCAAAGGGGUUCGAAGGGCAGCCAGAUGCCGCCGUAGUUAACCAGGCUGGCUGGGCAAGCAGGCAGGGGCACCGGGCCCGCCAGAGGCUCAGUGCAAUGGAAAUAAAAGGAGCCUAGCUUAUUUCACCUCUGCCUCCUGGAAUCUCUGGGGUUCAAGGGAGUGGGAGAGGACAAGGUUUGGGGGCGCAGAGGUGUAAGGCCAUGGAUGGGGGCAGGGAACCAGGGCAAAAUAAGGGUGAGAGAUUUGGGAAGGGCUGGAGGAACUGAAAGCAUGCAGGCAUCGGCUGGUUCAACCGCAUCCUCUUUUGGUUGUUUGUUUGUUUUCUGUCUUUUCUAGGGCCACAC